AUGGGAGCUGGUAUGAGUCAUAUUCAAUGUUUAACUAGCAUCGCAGGUUUGUCUAGCAUAGUGAUGUCAAUGUUUCCAAAGUUAAUUGCAAACAACCCAAGUGUGUUUAGGCCAUUAUUGAAUGUCAGUUGGGGAUAUUUAUUUGGUUCAACAUUAUGGUUAUGUUUUUUUUCUGAAAUUGGAUUAGUUAGAAGAAUAAAUGCUCCUAAAAAAAAAGGUCUUCCUGAAAAUUCUGAACAAGCAAAAGAACUAUUAAAAGAAAUAAAAAAUAAUGAAGGUGAUUUUAAAAGAAGAAAUAUUGACUUUAAAUAUUUUUUUAGUUUAUCUACAAUAUUUUCAAGUAUAUUAUUAUUAUCUACUGUUAAAUUAGCAAAUCAUAAUUUACAAUUAAGAAUAUGUUCUACUAUUGUAUCUUUGUCAUGUAUAUUAAAUAAUAUAUAUUUUCAAAAUAAAAUCCAUUCAUUAGCUUUAAAAAAAGAAAAUUUACUUAAAGAUAUGAUCGAUAAACCUAAAGAUACAACUGUUUUAGUAAAUUUAAAAAAAAAUAGAACCGAUUUUCAUAUACAUCAUGGAUUAUCACUUUUACUUUUAUAUUCAUCAUUUUUCGGCUUGACACCAUAUAUCUUUACAUAA